AUGAAGUUCACGGCCAUUGUUCUGGCUCUUGCGGGGACGGCUUGGGGCGCCGCACCGCAACGGCGUGAUGAUACUGCGGCUACGACGGCAAUUGCCACGGCCACUGAUGCGGGUGGCUUCAAUAUCGAGCAGAUCUCGAGUGCACUCGCCCAUCUCUCCAUGGACACCACCGCGAGCGCCAACUUCGCUAAUAUCUCGCCGCCGCCUAAAAAGCUCAUUCCUGAGUUGCUAUCGGUGGUCCCGGUGACCGUUCUCUUGGAACUCGUCGACGCCCAGUCGCGCAGCUCGCUGGCGAGCGAAUUCAGGGCUGGAAACACGCCAGCGUGGUACAACAGCCUUCCAGCGGAUGUGAAGAGUUACAUAUCCGUGGUGAAGUCGCAGAUCUUGGGGGGAGCGUUGACGGCGACUACUGGCCUGGCGUACGAGACUAGUAGUGCCAGCAGUGCCGGCGGCACGGGAGCGACAGCAACGGCAGCCUCUUCGACGGCGACCGGGGCGACCUCGAGCUCGACCUCGAAGGGCCUGGCGGCGUCGCAGCCGGCGGGGCUGACUGCAUCGGUGAUCGGGGCAUUGAGUGUUCUUGGGUUAGCCCUGGCGCUGUAG